UCACGCUCGCAUACGGGCAGAGCAUGCGCACUCUCCGGCCGUAGGAAGAAGAGAGUAGCGUUUGUUAUUACGAAAAGCAUUACCUGGACUAUAGCUUUAGAAAGUGUUCUAUCAUCGUCUUCGUUUUUUUUCCGUGUUCGUAUCAGUUUGACUCUGCGGAGAAGUGUGGUUAUCUAAUCAAUUCUGAGCGAAGAUUCGCCUUGUGAAGUUCCUCCGUCGGUGUACAUCGGAAGCACAAACUCCAUCAGAAGCGGCAUACGGAAUUCAAAUACAUUCGAGUUGCUGGAAAACGGCUUUAUCUGUUUGUACCAAAGGAGGAUAAACUAAAUCUUCAGUUUGAUAACAUUUUAUGCAGAAAGAUAAUUGAUAACUAAAUCCAUUAUAGCGUGGAGUAUAUGAUAAACAAACUUUGGAGUGACUGUAAGUGAGUGAUUCACUGUGGACGGUAAGAGUGAAGCGUGAGAAGUGUCUGGAUUUCUACCAUCGCCAUGGGUCUCGGGAUCGUGGACAUUUUGUUACUGACGCUAUCUGUGUUGGUGAGCGCGGUCAUCGGACUAUACCAGGGCUAUGUGGGGCGCCGCGCCACCCCCGAGUCCUACCUCAUGGGCUCGAGGAAGAUGAAGCCCUUGCCGCUGGCCAUGAGCAUGAUGGUGGGCACAGUGUCGGCCAUCACCAUCAUGGGCAACGCGGGCGAGAUGUACGCGUACGGCACGCAGCUGUGGAUCAUGGACCUGGGCAUCAUAUUGGCUCUGGUCCUCAUCGCCAAGAUCAUGAUCCCCAUCAUCCACCCCAUGGAGGUCGUCUCGCUGUACGAGUACAUUGAGAAGCGGUUCAACGCGAAGUGGCUGCGGCAGACCACCGUGGUGCUGCAGCUGGUGGGCGGCUACUUCUUCAUGGGCUUCCUGCUGUACCCGCCCUCCAUCGCCCUACAAGCCUUCACGGGGCUCGACAUCCUCCUCAACAUCCUUAUCAUGGGCGCCACCUGCACCUUCUACUCUACCAUUGGUGGCGUGAAGGCGGUAGUGUACACAGACGUGUUUCAGGCACUAGUCAUGCUGGCGGGUGUUUUAGCCAUCGUCAUUAUUGGCUCUCUCAACGUCGGCGGCCUCGACACGGUGUGGGACAUCGCCCACCGCCAUAACAGGACAGAGUUCUUCAACUUUGACUUAGACCCAUAUCAGCGACACAGCUUCUGGCUCUGCCUCGUAAUGGGCUUCUUCUUCGCUCUGGGAUCCUAUGGCGUCAACCAGAGUCAGACUCAGCGCUUCUUCAGCACCAGGACCAUCCAGGAAGCCCAGAGGGUGCUUUAUUACGCUGCGGGUGGAAUGAUAUUACUGAGAGGGCUGAUCCACCUUUCGGGGUUGGCCAUCUACGCCCACUUCUACAAGUGCGAUCCCCUGGCAGCUCCUGGGGCUGGGGAACCUGCUUACGUGGUCAUCCUCUACGUGCUGACGGUGCUGACGAGAGUCCCUGGUCUCGCUGGCAUCUUCGUAGCGGCCAUUUAUGCUGCUGUUCUUAGUUCUGUCUCGACGCAGCUCAACUCCAUGACAGCUUUACUGUGGGCAGACUUCCUCAAACCUCAUUUCUUCGGUUCCUGGAGCGAUGUCAAGGCUGGAGCAUUACAGAAGGUUAUAGUCUUGCUCUCUGGGGUCGUGGCCAUCGUGCUGGGUCUAGUGGUGUCCAUGCUGGGCAGGUCCUUCCUAAGGGCACUCUUCGCGAUCAACGGCGCUCUCUCAGGCCCUCUCAUCGGCCUCUUCAUCAUCGCCCUCUGCCUGCCGUGGGUUAAUCUGAAGGGUGCUUCGUCUGGUUUCCUCGUUUCCAUCGUCAUGAGCGUAUGGUUAGCUUUUGGUCAGCUGUUGACUCAGACCAAAGAACCUUACCUGCCUAUGUCCCAGGAAAGCUGCCCUGCCACCAACACCACCGAUGACAGCAGCAUUGUAAAAAUAGAGGCAGAGAAUGAUGUUCACGUUUUCUACGGUUUAUCUUACUGCCUUAAUUCGUUCCUUGGGGUAGUCAUCUGCAUUCUAGUGGCCUUCAUCGUCACUCUGUUCACGGGCACCAACUCCCUGGAAGACGUAGACAAGAAGUACGUGAACGGAAUAGCGUGGCGGCUCUUCGAGAAAUGGACCCUCAUCCAAGGCAGAGAAUCCCUCAUCAAGAAGCUCCUCCGACGCUCAGCCUCUUCUCCCGCGGAGAAUAACGAAAAUAAGAAAGUAGAAGAGAAGGGGAUCGAAUUGGGAGACCCUGAGGAAAAGGAAAUUUUGUCAAGUAACCGAGAUCUGGCAGAGGUGAAGGCGGAGGGCGAUGCGGCGAGUCGUGGGGCCGUUUGCAGUCUCUUAGUGUUAAGGACCAGUAGUUCUGCAACAGGCAAGAACACGGGGAUCUUUAAAACAGAAACAAACUAUAUUAAAUGUCUACUUACCAUAACGCACUUCAAGGUAGUAUUCCUACAGCUAAGAUCUAUCAGUACAGGAAUUAGUGAAGAGAGCAGGCGGGAGUUUCAACUUGCCGCCGCCAUGGGUCUCGGGAUCGUGGACAUUCUGUUGCUGACGCUGUCGGUGCUGGUGAGCGCGGUCAUCGGACUAUACCAGGGCUAUGUGGGGCGCCGCGCCACCCCCGAGUCCUACCUCAUGGGCUCGAGGAAGAUGAAGCCCCUGCCGCUGGCCAUGAGCAUGAUGGUGGGCACAGUGUCGGCCAUCACCAUCAUGGGCAACGCGGGCGAGAUGUACGCGUACGGCACGCAGCUGUGGAUCAUGGACCUGGGCAUCAUAUUGGCUCUGAUCCUCAUCGCCAAGAUCAUGAUCCCCAUCAUCCACCCCAUGGAGGUCGUCUCGCUGUACGAGUACAUUGAGAAGCGGUUCAACGCGAAGUGGCUGCGGCAGACCACCGUGGUGCUGCAGCUGGUGGGCGGCUACUUCUUCAUGGGCUUCCUGCUGUACCCGCCCUCCAUCGCCCUACAAGCCUUCACGGGGCUCGACAUCCUCCUCAACAUCCUUAUCAUGGGCGCCACCUGCACCUUCUACUCCACCAUCGGAGGCGUGAAGGCAGUGGUGUACACAGACGUGUUCCAGUCUGUAGUAAUGGUUGUUGGUGUUUUUUCUAUUGUUAUCAUGGGCUCUGUUAACGUGGGCGGCCUCGACGUGGUGUGGGACAUCGCCCACCACCAUAACAGGACGGAGCUCUUCAACAUGGAUCUCGACCCUUACCAACGCCACAGCUUUUGGCUCUGUAUCAUUCUGGGGUUUUUCUUCACCCUCGGCACCUACGGCGUCAACCAGAGUCAGACGCAGCGCUUCUUCAGCACCAAGUCUGUCCAAGACGCCCAGAAGGUCAUUUACUUCGCUGCGGUCGGGAUGGUCUUUCUGCGGGCUUUGAUCCACCUCGCGGGCCUGGCCAUCUACGCCCAAUUCUACAAGUGCGAUCCCCUGGCGGCUCUUAAGGCUGUGGAACCUGCUUACGUGGUCAUCUCCUACGUGCAGGAGGUGCUGACGAGAGUCCCUGGUCUCGCCGGCAUCUUCGUAGCGGCCAUUUAUGCUGCUGUUCUUAGCUCAGUGUCGACUCAGCUGAACUCCAUGACGGCGCUGCUGUGGGCCGAUUUCCUGAAGCCUCACCCCUUCUUCGCCUCCUUCAGUGACGUCAAGGCAGGAGCUCUGCAGAAGAUCAUAGUGCUCCUCUCGGGCAUCGUGGCCAUCGUCCUCAGUCUGGUGGUCUCAACGCUGGGUAAUUCCUUCCUGAGGGCGCUCUUCGCGAUCACAGGCGCUCUCUCCGGUCCUGUCAUCGGCCUGUUCACCGUCGGCCUCUUCUUCCCUUGGGUCAAUCUGAAGGGUGCUUCGGCUGGAUUCUUCAUCUCGAUCGUGUUAAGUGUGUGGUUAGCCAUCGGCCAACUGCUAAGCCAAACGCAGGAGCCCUUUUUGGCUAUGUCUCGGGAAGGCUGCCCAUCCAACACCACCACUAUAGCUGUCAACGUCACGACAUUGGCUGUUACUUCAUCCACCUCAGUCGCCCCUGUCACGGAUGUCACCACGGAGGCUUCUUUGCCGAUUGAAGAAGAGAGCGCCCGAGGAAUCUACGGUCUUUCCUACUGUUUAAAUUCUUUCCUGGGAGUGGUCAUUUGCAUCGUGGUGGCCGCUGUCGUGACCGCUGCCACGGGUACCAAUUCCUUAGACGAUGUUGACCAACACCUCGUCAACGGAACAGCGUGGCGAGUCUUCGAAAAGCUAACCAUCCUGCGAGGUCGUGAGUCACCCCUGAAGAAAGUCCUCCAGCGGUCCGGGUCUACUGGCAAAGAAAACGGAAAGAGAGACAACAAAGUGAAAGAGGAAAUGAUUGAAAAGGAGCCUCUUCCUACGCGCAGGGACUUGAAGAACAACGAAGCUGAUGGCAGUGUGUGAAGAAUAAGGAAUAAAGAAGCAUGUGAAGAACUAGAGAAAAUAAUGUGAAGGUCAUGAAAAAAAAACGAGAGUUUGAAGAACAAUAAAAAGAAGCGUACGAAGAAUAAGGAAUAAAAGGAGUGUGAGGGAGAAAAAAAGAAAGAAAGAAAAAGAGGGAAAGAAGUUGCACGAAGAAAAAGAAAAAGAAAAAUCGUGUAAAUGAAGAAGAAGCAGAAGAAGAAAAAAAAAGAAAAAUCGUGUAAAUGAAUAAGAAAAAGAUGAAAAAAGAGUAUAGUAUAAGAAGAAAGAAGCCGUUUGAUGAACAAGAAGUAUCAAUUUGGAGAACAAGCACAAUGUUUUGAAGAAGAAAAGGGUAUAAACAGAAAACAAAACAAUCAAUCAAAGUGUUCAUGGAGUAAGAACAGUGUAAUAUAGAGUGAAUGUAAGAACUACGAAGCCUGUAAGAGAGAAAAUAAAUAAACAGCAAGAUAGAAUAAAAAAAAGCCAAGUAAACAAAACAAAACAACACAAAAAAACAAAUAAAAAUAAAAAAGAUAGAUAAAAAAACAAUAAUAAAACAACAAAAUAACUACAUACACACAUGAAAAACAAACAAACAAACAAAUGAGUUCACAAGUAAAACAGGGAAUAAUGAACAAGAAAUAAUCUUUGCAAAGCGUGGAGACAAAAUGAAAAAUAACAACGUCACGUCUCAGCAUCCUUCAUCUCAAGACUACGUGCGUGAUGGAGAUGCAUUGACACAGAAGACCCCGCCUCAUUAGACUGGAAGAUUCUUCGUUAUUCUUGUAACAAAUAAAAAUAAAUAAAAAAUCUUAAAAUGUCUGAAUGAAUG